CAGUCAACACUAGAAAAGUCUAAUUGGUAAUUAUAAUAAAGCCUUAAAGGGAAGACAUUAAGAUGGACCUUGGCAUGAUGGACGCAGACGCUGACAUGAUGGACGCCGAAUUCCCCUGGCAGGAUUACGAUGACAUACCAGAGGAGGUCUUGCAGCAGAUGAUGCAGCAGUAUCAAGAUUACUACAGCGGUGGGGAGUUUGGCUUCGAGGAGCCCCCGCCACCGGUCUUCUCCUACACGGAGCACUUUGGCAACUGCGUAGUGCCGACGCUGAUGCAAGGCAUUCAGAUUAUUACCCCACUGGUGUGCGGGUGCAUGGCAAUGAGGACAGUCUCACUGAUGGGUGUGCCCUCAUUGAUCUACCAUCUACUAUCUCUGGCAGUAGGCCUACUGGCAUUGUCCUAUUUCUUUGAGGGUCUCAUCAUUCAGGUCGUGGCCCUAGGCCUACUGGGCUACUUCCUCCUCCAGGCUUGCCAGGCCACAGGCAUCAACUACAAGGGGCCGGUCAUUGCCGCGGUCUAUGUGAUGGUUCUGGUGCCUUGGGAACUAUUUUUCGCAGAUCCUGUGGCAUGGAACAAAAUUAGAGGACCCCAGAUGAUUUUGGUUAUGAAGGUCAUCUCCUUGGCCUUUGACCUCGACCAAGGGGUUGUAGCUGAGAUUCCAGAAUUCGUGGAGUAUCUGGGCUACACAUUCAACCUGGCUACUGUCAUAUUUGGCCCCUGGAUCAGCUACUCGAGUUAUAUUCGUCUGCUUCAACCUGGUGGAGAUAUAGAUCUACGUUGGCUAGUGACAACAUUCUUCAAGUUCCUGCAGUCAUUGCUGUGUCUGCUGAUUUCCACCUGUCUGGCACCGGUCCUUUUUCUGGGAUUUGAUCAAAAGUGGUUGGAUGCAUACAAAGACGCCAUGUCGUUCCGGUUCAGUCAUUACUUUGUCAGCUUUGUUUCAGAGUCCACAUCAUUAGCAUUGGGCCUCGGUGCCCCCAAAGAAGGUGGAAAUAAACACUGGGAACUGAGCGUAGCCAGGCCCUGGCACAUUGAGCUGCCCCGUUCUCUUGUUCAAGUCGUCACCAACUGGAAUCUCCCUAUGCACAUGUGGCUGAAAACAUAUGUAUUCAAAACCAGCAGGAAGCUUGGAAACUUUGCUGCUGUUCUUCUAACAUAUGCUGCCAGCUCUUUGCUUCAUGGUUUGAAUUUCCAGCUAGCAGCUGUUCUACUUUCCUUGGGUUUUUAUUCCUAUGUUGAGCAUGUUUUACGUCAGAAGCUGGCGACAAUAUUCAACGCAUGUAUUCUUGCUAGAAGGUGCAAACCCGAUUGCCAGCAUUCGUACCAGAGUGCCAAUCCAUUGGUGCUGUUGACCAAUAUCUGCUUCGGUCUCCUAGCCAUGUUCCAUCUUGCGUACCUUGGGGUCAUGUUUAGCUCAGAUUCAUCAGAGCUUCAGGAAAAAGGAUAUGAAAUGCAUCACACUCUUAAGAAAUGGUCUCACCUGGACUAUGCCAGCCACUACGUAGCAGGGGCAACCUAUGUGUUCUAUUGGCUUGUAAAAUAAGUCAAGUGCUUCGUCUGGAGUGUGGCAUUCAAGAUAUGUGAGUAGGGUAAUGAGUUCCCAGCUUGAGGAGUUACAGUGUAAAUGUAUGUGUCCAUGGGCAGGGUGUUUUGUCACAAGUUCUGUAUUCCCAUCCCUGAAUGGGAUGAUGAAUGGGCUGGUUUUUGCAGUGUGAACCGAAAUGGCUGCAUUGAGCUGUAUACAAUGUGCAUUCUGACCUCAUGCCAAUAUGUAUUCUAACGUCAUGCCAAGAGGCAACCGACAGGCGAAACAAACACUGAAGCAUCAGUAUAAUAUUUCUCUACCCAAAUGAAAUAGUAAGGGAAGAGUGCAAAAUUGAAGAGGCGGUAACCCAAGAUUUUACCCUGAAGUAACCCAGAAAACCCUGUUAAACCUCGCCAAGCCUUCAAGGUAAACUUUGAGUCACUGCCUGUUUAAUUUUGCAUUCUCCUCUUAAGGUUAACACUUCUACAUUACCCACAUUUAACCAAUUCGCGCCGGAUGACAUGUAGGCCUAUACCUGCAAAGGUUUUGCGGUAUUUGGAACGGAUGACGGAUAAACACGCAGGGAG